CAGUGGAAGCAGCAGCGGCGGCAGCACCAGCUCCGGCUGACCCGCGCAUGCAGAGAGGGCGCCCUUUUGCAGGCGACCGAGCCGGCCGGGAGGGAGCCUUUGUCGGGGGAGGGAGCCGCUUCGGGUGCAAGCCGGGGGAGCCGAGAGGAGCCCUCCCGUGACCAGACCUCACCAUGAGCACAGGCAUGCGCUACAAAAGCAAGCUGGUCAACCCAGAAGAAAAACAGGACCAUGAAAAACAAUAUGUGGGGUUUGCUACUCUGCCCAACCAGGUGCACCGGAAAUCUGUGAAGAAGGGCUUUGAUUUCACUCUCAUGGUGGCAGGGGAGUCAGGUCUGGGCAAAUCUACACUGGUGAACAGCUUGUUCCUGACAGACCUCUACAAAGACCGGAAGCUUCUCAACGCGGAGGAAAGAAUCAGUCAGACGGUAGAGAUUGUGAAACACACGGUGGACAUUGAGGAAAAGGGGGUGAAGCUGAAGCUAACGAUAGUUGACACUCCGGGUUUUGGAGAUGCUGUUAACAACACUGAAUGUUGGAAGCCUCUCACAGAUUACAUCGACCAGCAGUUUGAACAGUACUUCCGUGACGAGAGCGGCCUCAAUCGGAAGAACAUCCAGGACAACCGAGUCCACUGCUGCCUGUACUUUAUCUCUCCGUUUGGCCACGGGCUGAGGCCAGUGGAUGUGGAGUUCAUGAAGGCUCUCCACGAGAAAGUCAAUAUCGUACCCCUCAUUGCCAAAGCCGACUGCCUCGUCCCUUCAGAGAUCAAGAAGCUAAAAGAGCGGAUUCGGGAAGAGAUUGACAAGUUUGGAAUCAAAGUUUACCAGUUUCCAGAGUGCGAUUCAGAUGAAGAUGAUGAAUUCAAGCAACAAGACAGGGAGCUGAAGGAGAGUGCCCCCUUUGCAGUCAUUGGCAGUAAUACAGUGGUGGAAGCCAAAGGCCAGAGAGUACGGGGGAGGCUGUACCCCUGGGGCAUCGUAGAAGUGGAAAACCAAGCACACUGUGACUUUGUAAAGCUGCGGAACAUGCUGAUCCGGACGCACAUGCACGAUUUGAAGGACGUAACUUGUGACGUUCACUAUGAGAACUACAGAGCACAGUGCAUACAGCAGAUGACCAGAACUGGAGAAGUAGAUCAAUGCAAGCUGACUCAGGACAACAGGAUAGAGAGCCCCAUUCCGAUCCUGCCUCUACCUACGCCAGAUGCUGAAACGGAGAAGUUGAUCAAGAUGAAGGAUGAAGAGUUGCGAAGAAUGCAGGAGAUGCUGCAGAAGAUGCAGCAGCAGAUGCAAGACCAGUGAGAGGGAGCAGGCUGGGAGGGCAAAGGGAAUCCGCCUCACCGCC